AUGCUGAUUUCGGUGCUAUUGAUCGCGCUCACGUAUCUGAUGCCGCUGUUCGGUGCAAUUGUGUUCAACUCACCGAAUUGGACGACAUGGGACGACGGAUCAUUCUCGAGCAUCGCAUCGGCAUUGGGAGGUACUUUCCUUUCGACGUGGAUCAUGUUGGCAUCGUUUGCAAGUAAUGCAGGCAUGUACAUCGCGGAGCUGUUCUGUGACUCGUUCCAGAUCAUGGGUAUGGCUCAGAAUGAGCUAGCACCAACGUUCCUGGGGGCACGCAACAAACGCUUCAACACGCCACACAACGCCGUCUUCGCGAGUCUCAUCGUCAUUUUGGUACUCAUCGAGUUCGACUUCAACGACAUCGUCAACAUGACAAAUGCGCUCUCGGCCUUCUACCAGAUCCUGAUCUUUGCUGCAUUCAUCAAACUGCGCUACACGCACGCAGACCUUAAGCGUCCGUACAAAGUUCCUGGAAGCAUCCCUAUGCUUUUGCUUGGCCUCUUGAUCCCGACGGCCUUGUUGAUGUACAUCGCUGUGGACGUCUUCUUCACGCUGGCACCGGCGAUGAUCGUCCUGGGAGUCACACUGGCUGGUUUCCUGUAUGCGCGAUUGAAGAAGUUCACGCGAUCGCAGUUCGAGGAUCUGAGCUUGGACGGAUAA